AUGGGAGGCCAAGAGAGUCGAGUGGAAGAUGGGGCGAGUCAGCUGGUAAGCCAGUAUGCGCUGAUCCUGGACUCUAACAAAGGGCUCCAUUAUUUUGCUGGAGAUGAUAAGGUCGACUGUGAGUCCGCGGAGAACCCAUUGGAUCUGCAGGUCCUCCAGUGGCGGGAAACAUCUCCAACCCUGGUUUUGAGAAUUGGUCCACCAACAUCUAAGGUGGAAUUUGAGGACAAUCUUGACUGGUCAACCGAUACAUUGCACUUCCACUUCAAACUAUCGGCUGAUUAUGCAGGAGGCCGCGUUGAGCUCCUCCACAGGAUCAGACAUCUAAUAGAUGGGACAUACCCCUUUGGCAUCAACGCCACGCACAUUGGGAAGGAGGUGAUUGAGAAGUUCCUAUUGGGUGUGAAGAAAUCUCGCCAGAAGUACCGCCAGUGGAGCCCUUACGUGAACUCCUAUGGCUGCAGGGUAAGCUGGCUGCGGCGGUCCGAGAAUGCCACCAACAUCUUUUUCAAGUUCAUUGCGGACAAUGGCGAGUCAGCCAUUCUUAUGGUGGACGAGAAAGCCGAAGAGUACCGUGCUGCAGUGCAAGACCACCCUCGAAAGUUUAUGGAAAUAAUGACUUUGCCUGUCCGAGUUUGGACGUGUAUUCAGUACCUGUGCCAGAAUUACCAGAAGACCAAGCAAGAGCGGCAAACUGAAAUUGACGCAAUCCUUGCUGAAGCUCUGCGUGAUACAGCUCAGCAUUCCACCGAGGAUUCGUCAUGUGGGAUUUCUGGAGAGCUUAAGAGGCUCAUCGAAGACGCGGUCCAGCAGGCCACGAAGAGGGCUGACGACGGGGGAAAUGACGGAGGGCCACCCUUUGAACUGAGUAAAGGCGGCUCGAAAGGCGUGGAGCAGACAGACCUGAACACUCAGAGCCCGGAGAAGAUCGUCCACUCUGGAAGCACCCCGGUGAAGACCCCCAGUGGAGGAGAAAAUACAGAAGAGGAGAGCGCAAACACGCCUCUCGAGCAGAAGAGUCAGACAAAGGGGGAUUUGAUAGCGGACCAGGAGAAGCUGGAGAGGGAGAGAAAGCGUAGAGCGGCAAAGAAACAACGACAAAGGCUGACGCGGAAAGCCCGCCAGGCAGAGAGUGCAACGACAGCGCACGCAGAUGAACAACCGCAAGAGGAGGGACAAGAUAAAGAACAGUCAAGGAAUGCAGUCAGUGGUGCGACUGGUCAAGAUGGCAUUGCCUUGACGAAUUUCAACAUCCUGCAGCCCCCAUCAUCUCCUACUUCCUCGUUCUUCACUGCCCCGAUCUCUCCAUCGCCACUGUCUCCAUCUAUGCAUUCUACAACCUCUCUCGACUUCCACACUCCUCUUAUCAUCCAUCACAAUUCUUUGACGGCCCUGGAGCCGUCGAGCUCACCUGAGUUGAGCAGCUGCUCCGCUGGGCAGAUUGACGAGAAGGGCAUUCCAGGUAAGAGACUAUUAAUUUCCAUAUAUCCCAGAUUUGCUGCUGCCUUCAGAAUGGCUUGGGAAAACGAGCUAAUAUGA